CGCGAGGACAUUCAUCUAUGAACGCGUCAUGUGAGACGACGAGGUUGCCCGGUCGCGACACUCGGCGUGACGAUCGUUCGCAGAAUAACAGGAUACGCAAGCUCCUGCUGUCGGAGUACUGCGAGUUGUCCGAGACGAUCCUGGCGGAGUCGCCGUUCGCGGAGACCACGAGGAACGGACGUGGGUUGCGUCAGGUCGCCUUAGGUCUCACGCCGACCAGGCUGAUCGUCGCCGCUGACGUUCUCCAGACUAACCCCGGCUUCUUCUGCCCGCCUGGCAUCGACGCGAGUAUCGAGAGUUUCGAGCUUGUAUCCUUGUAUCCUCUAGAGUGCGUCCAGUUGAGCGUGUUCGGGAGGAGACGUCGCAGGACUCUAAAGGCAAGAUUCGUCAACGGUCGCGCUAAUUAUUACGAGCUCGGUGGUGAGAAGCGCAGACUCCACUGGAAGAUCUGGUGCGAACAGGUGCAACGAUUGUUAGCGCGCAAGGUGAACGGUAGUUCGUUAUCCGAGACGACGGCGGCUAGCUCGUCGAGCAGCAGCGCGUUGUAUCUAUUGUCGUCGGAGAUCGAAGUCGGGGAUAACUGCGACGCGAGACGCACGAGGCCGAUAUUCAGGAUAUGGACACGCUACGGAGGUGCCGGCGAUUACGUUACACCCACUUGGACGGAGAAAGACUUGUACCUCGGGCCGGCUUACAACGAAUUAGUGAACGGUCAUUACACACCUGUCCCGAUAAGAUUCGCCGGAGCUAGUCUGGAAGACCUCAAGUACGAGCUGAAGGAGUACACGUCGCAUCGCGUCAUCUGCGAGAAAUCCUGCCGAAGUUGGCCGUGUCAGAAGUUCGGCACUCGGGCGAGAUCGCAACGCGCCAACGGGCUCUGCAACGUUCUCUUCGUGAGGAGUCACAAGGCGCGUCGUUGCGAGCACAUCGCGAGCUGCAAAAGCUCACCUUGCAACGUCUGCGAACUGGACGACACCGUCGGCAUCGAGAAGCACUGCCGGUGUCACAGUAAGAUCAGUUGGAUUCGCACGAAACGCCAAUUUUUUUCGGAAAAAGGGAUUUCGCGAAACGAGUGCAAUUCGUACUUAAUUAUGAAUACAAAUAGAAACAUUUCAAACCGUCCAGGGCAUCCGAGUUCGCCGCCCGAGGAGGAUUUCAGAGAGCACACGGAAGGCAAGUACGGAAGAAAUGCGCAGCAGCAGCGUCGGAAAGGACCCUUGACGUCGAAAGUGUCGCGUUUCGGCCUCGGUGUGCCGGAGAAAUGCCACUCCGGACUGAUACUCGGGCCUUAUCGCGGCGAUCACGUCGAGAUCUCCAAGGUCGACGAGCGCAACAUCACUGAUUCUCCCGAGUUGGUCGAGAGCGGUGUGACGGUGUGGGAGGGUGGCUGCGAAUCGUCCAAGAACCGGAGGCAUCCGCGGAGAUACGCCUUCGCUUCGGCGGCGCACUUCCUUCACGCUCUCGGGCCGUGGUCCGUGCAACCCGGCGAGCGCGAUUCCGUGCAGACUUUGCGAUCGUCGAGCGCGGUCAACAUUCGCAAGCAUCCCUCGGAUCCGGAACUGAGACUGCCUUUCUCGCGUCGUCACUUAACCGCCAGCGUCUCCUGCGCCGCUUUAACGACCGGCGCCGUUGGCAGAGGACGAGUGACGUUGUUCUGGACACCCGAGUACUGGUACAGACCACAAGCUGCGGCGGCUGUCUACAGAGAGCUGAGGAAGCACUUGACGUCCCUCCAGGAUUUCCGUCGCGGGAAAGAGAAGCGGACGAGGAGGAGGUUCUUCGGCAGACGAGGAGGUCAGAGCGAAGCCGGUAAUUCUGAGACCACGAUAGUGAUGGGAAAGUCGAGCGGUCUCUUGGAACGCGUGUUGUCCAUCAAUGGUGCGCGCAAACGCGGCAAAGGCACGAGGGAGAACAUCGACAGGUGCACGACGCAAUUGCGGAAGCUGCUGAGGAUGAACUUCCGCAUCACUGUAUGGGACCUGGACAGCGGCACAUUGGCGACGCAACUGACGAUGAUCGAUCGCGAUCUCUUCGCGCGGAUCCCCGCGACCGAGAUCGAAGUCCUGACCUACCAGAGAUCGUCUCACAACGCGCCGAAUCUGGGCGCGUGGAUCGCCUUCAGCCACAGAAUCGCCUGUCUGACCGUCAGCGAGAUCCUCGCGAUCAAGAAGCUCGACAUGAGGACCAGGAUCAUGGCGAGGUUCAUUAAUGCCGCCGAAAAGUGCUUCGUGCUGGGCAACUUUCAGUCGUGCAGGUCCAUCUUGGCCGGUCUUCAGGCUCCGCCGAUUCACAGACUCCGGAGAAGCUGGGCCUAUUUGCGGACUCGUCACGCCAGCAGAUACGAAUCAAUGGAAAAGCUUUCCAAGAUAUACAAGAGUCCGCGUUGUUUAAAAUAUCAGAGAGCUUGGGCCGCAGCGGAGCGCAGGCCGCCUUCCAUGCCGUACGUUGGGCACUUUCUGGCCAAAGUUCUGGAAAUAAAUCAAAGUUUAAGAGAAGUCAAAGGGAACUUCGCGUCACUUACGGGGAAACGGUCAACUGUGAGAAUCGCCUGCGAUUCGCCUUUGUCCGUUGACAAUAAUAAUGCCGCUGAUCUUCCCUCGAGAGAUAAAGAGAAUCCAACGGGACUCAAGCAAUGCCUAGCCAGACGUUUCCUCACGGCAACGUUAGCGAGGAUCCAGUUCACGACGCGCAAGGACAUCGUCAACAAGACCGAGAACAACGCUCGGGCACUUAGGCAACGAUACUUAGAGCGCAAGUAUUUCCACCGUUGGUGCAUCGUCGCGUCGAAGGCGCAUAGAGAGAAAGAGGGAAGAUCGACGAAGAGUGCGGAUUCAACGAGGAAACGGAUUCUCGACGUGUCGAUUUGGUUGAUCGACUGUCAGAGAUCCGCGCAAACUUACAACUUUCCGCUGCACUCGUACGCGCAUGAGUUUCUCCUGAAGGCGCGUUACAGGGAAGACCGCGAGAACUUCUUCAUUAGUUUCAAGUUGGAACCCCCAAACGGCAACUUGAAUGAAACGUAGCGUCUUAAUUUCUCGCUGAAUCUCGAGGGGAAUCGAAUACACGACUCGGUUGUUGUGAAUCGCAAGUACACGGACGCGAUCUAAUGUGACGAAGUAUCGUUAAAACACUGGACGUUACCGAUUGUUUGUCUAACUUGAUCCUCUCCUCGCGCGAAUCAAUGAUUCUUAGCCGUCCAAUAUUAUAUACACAUAUAUUCGUGCAAAUAAUUUCUAUAUUUUUACUUAGAACACGCGAAGUGUCGUAUCUCUACAUAUGCUUUGUACGAUUGUUAUUGCUACAGCGCUUUAAUAAAAGGAUAUGAUUAGAUAUUGCGCUUUAUUUACGUUAACUGAUGCGUAUUCAUUUUCCUGUCACUUUGUUUUGCUGCAUUUCCUCGCCUCGCUGAGGAAAGAGGAAGGUUCAAGGCGGCUUCUUUAUCACUGUUUUAUUCCGAACAUAGUGUAUACAAUUGUUACUUUACAUAUUAUAUGUAUAUAUAUAUUUUUUUUUCUCUUUAUUAAAUUCAUCAGUCGUAAACUUAAAAAAGUGUAUUAUGAUGGGCGGAAGAGUGAAUCUCGAACUGAAAGGUCGGCAUCAGAUUCUGACUAGAUAACAACGCAGUUUCCGUGUAUAUACAGUAAUGAAGUAUACGUUGUACCGUUAACAAAAAUUAGAAGAGUAACGUAAUAUAUACAGUAUAUAUAGAACAAGGGGAACAGUCUUUUUCUGGCACGAAAUCGAACGUAAUCCUCCAUCGAUCGUGUCGAGUGAUCGCAGAAGCUUCUUUUUUUUCCUUCUCAAUUUUGUAAAUGUACAAAUUUAGAUGUAUGUUGUAUAUAUUUGUAUCGUAUAUUAUAUAUAAUAUAGAGAGAGGUACUCAAUUCCAGGGAAGACCAGCUCGAGAAUCCCUGGAUGAUUAUCUCGCACGACGAAUCUCUUCCUCUUUUAUACAUUCACAGAACAAAUAUAUAUGUAUAUUAUUAACAUUCAAGAUCGCGAGUUAGAGCUUGCGCGGGUUCGCGCGACUUUCUCAAUUAGAAAUGAGCGUGCGCGCGCUCUACGAGGAAAUAGAUGUAUGUAAGCGGUUUAUCGGUUUAUGCAUAAUAGGACUCUCUCUCUCUCUCUCUCUCUCUCUCUCUCUCUCUCUCUCUGCGCAUCCACUUUGACACUAACACAAAAUGCUCACCCAAAUGCAGUCGCGUCGGAAUGCGUCGCCGCUUAGCCGAGUCCCCGCGCGCGAAAUAUACGUCGCUCUCUAUUCGACAACUUUAACGAGGUCACUACGCAUUACAAGUAUUAGAAUAAAAUUUCACGGAGUAUCAAAAUAAUUAUUCGUGCUAAUAUCGGAGCUCUCUUCUACAAAUUGAUCGCAGUAAGUUCGAGAGGAAUUGUUCGUUUGAACGUUAACGCUACUCGACGACCCUCGAUCAGCCGUACGCGAGCUUCGUUACGCGCGCUCGUCCGGACGAUGCGGCUCCGGUAGUGGAGAGAAUGUCGAGCAAAAUCACCGCCGGUAUCGUAAGUAUCCAACGCAUCCCGGUUUUUCUCCAAGCAGUAGCGGAGCCGCCUAUUUAUUACAUCGGAUUCGAAGUAAAGGCCGUAAGUAAGUUUAGUUUCUAUUUCAGCGCGGACGCGCGCGACUAACCGAGGGUCUCGCUUCCGAAGCUUCUCGGGGGUGUCUUCGAGCCCAUCAUCGAGCCAAUUCCAUGUCGGAGGUUGAUCGAUCCGACCGACGAUCCCUGUCAGCCGCGUCAGUCGAGUAAAGACGUAGAG